GCUGUUUAAUUACUGAGCUUCCCCUUGAACGGCCUCGGCUUUUCUCUCCUCUUGCUGCCCCCCCCCCCCUAAAAAACCUUCCUUUUUUAAACUCUCUUUUCCUCUUUCCUCCUCCAUUACCCCUCUCUCAACCAAAAUAGUUAUCCAAUUCUUGGAUCAUAAACUUGUUGCACUUCAAACAUGCCAUUAAUGCUUCCUAGUAAGCUUCCCUCACCAGCAAACGAAACAAAUAAUGAAAAUGAUAAAAAAAAAGCUCUGGUUUUUGAUUCAUCGGUUCUUCAAUAUGAAUCGAACAUACCAUCACAUUUCAUAUGGCCUGACCAUGAAAAACCAUGCGCUGAGUUGCCAGAACUUCUAGUUCCCCCUAUAGACUUGAAGGCCUUCCUCUCUGGAGACCCACUAGCAGUCUCAAAUGCUUCUCGGCUAGUCAACGAGGCAUGCAAGAAGCACGGGUUCUUUCUAGUUACAAAUCAUGGCGUAGAUUCAAGUCUAUUACUUAAAGCACACGAGUACACGGACAACUUUUUUGGCAUAAAACUCUCAGAAAAGCAAAGAGCUCAAAGAAAGCAUGGUGAACACUGUGGUUACGCUAGUAGCUUUACUGGCAGGUUCUCCUCCAAGCUUCCAUGGAAGGAGACACUUUCUUUCCGAUAUUGUGACAGUGAUCACUCCUCCAAAAUUGUCCAAGACUAUUUAUUGAAUGUGAUGGGAGAAGAUUUCAGACAGUUCGGGAGGGUGUACCAGGAAUAUUGUGAAGCCAUGAGUACUCUAUCUCUGGAGAUCAUGGAGCUUCUGGGAAUGAGUCUUGGAGUUGGCCAAAAGUACUUCAGAGAAUACUUUGAAGGACAUGAUUCAAUAAUGAGAUUGAACUAUUACCCACUAUGCCAAAAGCCAGAUCUAACCCUAGGAACGGGUCCACAUUGCGAUCCCACAUCUUUAACAGUCCUUCACGAAGAUCAAGUUGGCGGACUUCAAGUGUUCGUAGAUGACAAAUGGCACUAUAUUGGUCCCAACCCAGAUGCUUUUGUUGUCAACAUUGGUGACACAUUUAUGGCCCUUUCAAAUGGGAUUUACAAGAGUUGCUUGCACAGAGCAGUGGUAAACAACAGAAGUGUUAGGAAAUCUCUUGCGUUCUUUUUAUGCCCAAGGAGGGACCAAGUUGUGACUCCACCAGGAAGCUUGGUCAAUGCUGAAAAUCCAAGAGCAUAUCCAGACUUUACAUGGCCGACUUUUCUCGAAUUCACGCAGAAACAUUACCGGGCCGACAUGAAAACCCUUGAUGCUUUCUCAAACUGGCUUCAACAGAAUCAUCAUCACAAGGGUAUCCAAGAAAACCAAAAUGAUAAUUUUGAACUGUCCGUUACCCAUUAUGUUGACAUGAAUGGGCAGAGAGUGAGAAGUGAAGGAUUUGGUGUUUUUUGGUGGGACUGUGAGGAAAAAGGUAACAGAAACACCAAAAAGGAGGCCUUUUUUUGGAAUUAGCUUCUAGUGUGGUAGUGUUGGAAAGAAUCAUCAAUCAUGUAUUGUGAACUAAGCAAAUUAUAGGAAUAAAGAGCUUAUAAUGGGCUCCACAUGCAUGUUAAAUUUUCGUUGUGUCAAAACAACUACGUAUAUAUGUAUGUUAAAUGCGACCUAAUAGGUGCAUUUUUGUUGUAUUACAAUUUCCUUCACUUCAUGCUAAUUAAAAUCUAACAAAUUGUACGGA